AUGGCAACGGAAGCAAAGGAGAAAUUUUCACGCGAGCAACUUGGCUUUCAGGGAAACUCGUCCAUUGAGGGACUUGUUGUUAGUAUAUUUAUUGUUGGCGCGUUUAUUGGGAGCAUAAGCACUGGUUCUUUGGUUGACAAACUUGGUUGUCGCCUCACUUUUCAAAUUGAUGCCAUACCCUUGAUCCUUGGUGCAAUAAUAAGUGAAAAUGCCCGCUCCUUGGAUGAGAUACUUUGGGGAAGGUUUCUUGUUGAUCUUGGUAUAGGUGUGAAUGUUGUUCUUGUUCCGAUAUAUAUAUAUAUAUAUAUACCUGAGGUUGCUCCAACGAAAUAUAAGGAUUCCCUAGGGUCCUUAUGUCAAAUUGGUACCUGUCUUGGUAUUAUUGCAUCAUUAUCUCUUGGAAUUCCUUCUGAGAAUGAUCCACACUGGUGGAGGACAAUGUUGUAUAUUGCAAGCGUCCAUGGCUUUAUUGUUGGCCUAGGUAUGCAAUUUGCUGUUGAUAGCCCACGCUGGCUUUGCAAGGCUGGGAGAAUAAAUGAUGCAAAAAAAGUAAUACGGGAGCUUUGGGGAGCAUCUGAAGUUGAGGGUACAAUUGAAGAAUUUCAAUCUGUCAGCAAGAAUGAUGGCAGUGAUUUGGACAGCAGAUGGUCACAUUGGAAAGUUCACUUGGAGGAUUGA